UCUUCAUUCCAUUACCCCCAUAAAAACUCUUUCUUCAUUUCUCCACUUUUCCCUACUCGGGUCGUCUCUCUCUCUCCCCCCUUUUGCAGCAAAACAAACAUCAAACCGUUAAGAAAAUGAAGACCCGUGGCACUAGAAAGAUUUCUAUUAUAUGGCUUCCUUUCUUUUGUUUCUCUUUCUUCUUUUUCGGUAUGCUCAUCACGAACAGCAGAAUAUGGUCGGCGUCUGAAUCCAAUGGUCAGGUCAUCUCCCGUCGUCGACAUGAACAAGAACUUCAAAUCGUCUCUGAAGAUAGCUCAAUUAAGAUUCCAGCGGAGAAAACGGAUAUGAUGACCGAAGUUUAUAGAACUCACGAAGCAAUCCAAUCUUUAGACAAGAAAAUUACAAUGCUUAACAUGGAUUUAGUGGAGGCUAGGAAUUCUAGGGAGAUGCACUCCUCUGAUAGCCACACCCCCUCCAUUGAAUCCAGUGGUAAAAGUAAUCUUCCGAAGAAGAAAAUGUUAAUGGUGAUUGGGAUAAACACCGCCUUUAGUAGCAGAAGGCGUCGAGAUUCAGUUAGAGAGACGUGGAUGCCACGAGGGGAAAAGCUGUUCCAGUUGGAGCGAGAGAAGGGGAUUGUUGUCCGGUUUAUGAUUGGCCAUAGCGCAACUUCCAACAGCAUUUUAGAUCGUGCAAUUGAUUCAGAAGAUGCGCUGCAUAAAGAUUUCCUUAGGCUGGAACAUAUUGAAGGGUAUCAUGAAUUAUCUGCAAAAACAAAAUCCUUCUUUUCCACUGCCGUUACUAAAUGGGAUGCUGACUUCUAUGUCAAGAUAGAUGACGAUGUCCAUGUAAAUUUAGGGAUGCUAGCUACUACUCUUGCUCACCACCGUUCGAAGCCCAGAGUGUAUAUUGGGUGCAUGAAAUCUGGACCUGUUCUUUCUUCAAAGAGUGUCAAAUACCAUGAGCCUGAAUACUGGAAAUUUGGAGAGGAGGGAAAUAAGUAUUUCAGACAUGCAACUGGACAGAUUUACGCAAUCUCAAAGGAUCUAGCCACAUACGUUGCAGUCAAUCAGCCAAUUUUGCACAAAUAUGCCAAUGAAGAUGUGUCUCUUGGUGCUUGGUUAAUAGGCCUUGAAGUUGAGCAUAUUGAUGACCGCAAUAUGUGCUGUGGGACGCCGCCAGAUUGUGAGUGGAAGGCACAAGCAGGAAAUGUAUGUGUUGCAUCAUUUGACUGGAGUUGCAGUGGAAUAUGCAAAUCUGUGGAGAGGAUCAAGAGUGUCCACGAGAAGUGUGGUGAAGGGAAUGGGGCCGUCUGGAGUGCCUUAAUCUAGUGUUAAAGCUUCUCUUGAUCUUUACCUGUGGUCAGACAAAGCUGGAGAUUGUUUGGGAGUUGAACUGGAGAUUAAACAUUAUCAAAACAAUGCAAGUAGAACCUUGAAAGAAGCUAUAUAAAAGCGUGUGGGGAUUAAAUGGAUUUGUAAGAUUGUGUGGAAAAUCUUCAUAUUUUCAGAAAAGAAAAAAGAAAAAAGAAAAAAGUAGUUUCUUCUUCAAAGCUUCCAAUUUUGUUCGUGUGAGUUAAAUUCAUUGGGUACCUCUGUUAGUUUUCCCCUUUGAUUAUAGAAUUUAUGUAUUACAGCCAGUGUAUUAUGUAUUUUAGGCAUCAUUUGUAUUUCCCCUACAAGGUUGAGUUACCAGUCAUUGUUUCAGAUUCUGUUUAUGUAAACAUUUCUUUGUAUAGUCAAAAUAAAUAAAGUGAAAUUGUUUGUGUUGAA